UUGGACAUGUUGGGGGGGGUACCCCUUGGUCUCAUUUCUUGCUGGGUAUAAGGCCUGUAGCCAGGUCGGUAUGAAAAAGGGGUUUUUGCAACAGGGCGAGCUUACCGGGGGGGCCUUUUCAAACCGGAUCGCCGGCCCUUACCUACCGUAUAUACAUUUUUUGGUAAACUCUGUAUACUCAGUGCUUGUAAGAGAACUUGCGAAAAAAAAUCACAGGCAUACUUGGGUGGGACUCAAACCCAGGACCUCUUGUUUACUGAUGCAUACGUCUAUUACCUGGGCAAGGCCUGUAAAAUAAAUUAACAUCUUCCCGACGCAAAGUACAUCUCGAAAUAGUUUGUGGUUCCCCCUGCUACAUCUGACUCGGACUGACCAACCGACGCCGGCAAGCUCUUUGGUCGAGGGGUUAAGACGUCUGUACUAGUAAGCAGGUCGUGGAUUUGAGUCCCACCUAAGUAAGCUUGUGAACUUUUUCGCAAGCUCUCGGACAAGCGUGAGUACACAGAGCUUAUAAAAAAUAAACAGGACAGAAAAUGGCAAAAUCUGUAAUAAAAUGUGGGCCAGAAAUUCUACCUUCACUAGAACCACAGGUCCGUUCUCACUUCUAGUGGCAACAUGAAAAUGUGCGCCAUUGGUCAAUUUAAUUUUAGGGUGCCGAUUUUCAAUCUGUCUGUUGCAACAUCGUCACGCUGCUCCAAAAGCCAGCACAAGAAGGUGUCAAUCCAUUUUUUGAUCACAAACAGCAUUUUGGGCAUAGCUUUUAUAUAUGUCCGUCAAAUGUUUUUAAAUUUGACACAGGUACUAUUUGUAACACUUAACUAAAGAAAUAUUUCCAUCUAACACAUUUUUGAGGUCGGGAUGAAGGAAAACUCUGCCCACCUGGCUUCCAUGGAUCUUGUUUUCACGUAGAUGGCAAAGAAAAAUUGAGGCAUCAUGCAUUGCGGAAAACCUUUCUGGAAGCAAAUUUGCUAUUUCUCUUAGAUUAACCACUUUUAUUAAUCUUUAGAGGGUACUUCAAGUGUGGACUCUAUGUAUGUGAGUUGACGCAUAUUGACAUUGAAAAAAAUGUAGCAUGACCGCUUUGAUACAUGUAAGCCCUUCGAAUACUAAACACCGCAGAUAUAUCAUGCCAGAUUCUGAGCCUUUGGCAACUUGAGUUAAAUGGUUCACAUCAUGUUCUGCUUUGGCUGCUUCGGAGUUGGCAAUUUGUUAUUAAAUAACAAAAUAUUUACAAUCUCGUUUUCUAAUUUACAUCAUUUUUUAUAUUUUUAAAUUGAAGACAAGUCGGCAUAAUUUUUUUUCAAAGCAGGUAUGUUGUACAUGUGUUAAUUUUGGAAAGUGAUUUCCUCAAAUCCCCAAAUGCCCGCAAGAUGUGGUCAGUAGUUCACCGUGUGUGUUGGAAAUACAACUAAAUAAUUUUUCAUUUCUGAGCUUUUAACUUACAUGAAGGUUCAUAGUUUUGGGUCGGCUAAACCAGUUCCGGAUCGCCACAUUUCUUCACAAAUAUAAGAGUAACCACGCGAGAAAUCCAUUUUUCAGCCAUAAGUAUUGUAACAAGCUGAUUUACUAAUGGAGAGUUUCUUACAGAAAAAUAGUUCAUAAAUAAGAACUUGCGCAAUGUUUGACUCCGCUUUUUUAGAAAAUUAGUUUCCAACGAAUUAAAACGUAGAACAAGCGUAACUUGGCACUCACCUUUUUUUCAGCUGUACACAGAUCUGGCAACGAUACCAUCCCCAAGUGGCACACUGACGAACCAAUUGCGUCACAUUUCUGCUACUUGUGGUUACAAUAUCUACCUGGCAAACCUGAUCGAGCAAACGCCUUGGUGCACUCCUCUUUCAAGGCUUACCGUUGCCCCAUCUCCUGACGCCUAUCAAUGUUGUAGUAUUACACGCUGGUGUCACAUUUCGUGAAACAGACCUUCAUGAUGGGUGUCCAGUGCGGCCCAGGUUGUGCUAACGGAGGCUGGCAUGCCGCCCUCUGUGUCCAUAUCGACUGGCUGCUGUGGACAGGACUCCUCAAAGGUCUAGGGGUGAUGCUGCCAACGCUUAAAGAGCAAUUCACAGCAGACACGUGGAUGAUCGGUGGAUUGAUUGCAAAUAUUACUGCUGUUGGCAGUUUUGCAGGUCUGUUAUCCAAGCCAUUGGAGGCAUUGUUUGGUACCCGCAACGUGGUCACAGUCUUUGGAUUAAUCCUUGGGGUGUCUGUUAUCGUCUCUUCUUUCUCGACCAGCGCUAUCCAGAUGACGCUUGUCCUCUGCUUCAUUGCUGGGCCUGGUUUGGUGAUCCCCAAUAUUUUAUCGAGAGCCAUGACAGGUCGUUAUUUCACCACGAACUAUGCGACAGUGAAUGGGAUUGCGACCACAGGAGACGGAGUGGGCUUGAUCUUUGCUCCGUUGACUCAAGUGCUUUUAGACACCUACGGCUGGCGAGGCGCCUUGCUACUGCUUGGGGCUAUCAGCAUGCAUCUUGGUGUAUGUGGCUUCCUGCUGAGACCAUCACCGCUAUCAGCAGAGGGGCGGGACGACUACCUACCAAUCAUCUCAAGUGAACAGGAGCCAUCGGAAUCCAAUAUCUCUGAUAAUGAGACGAAAUCCCCACUCCGCAUCCUGAAGGACGCUAUUCAGGCUCAGGGGAAUAUUUUCGGCUGCGCUGUUUGCGGCCGCGCUGCGUUCUGGAUAGCGGCCCAUGUCUAUGUCCUCCAUCUCUUCGUGGGCACCCUGUGGGUGAUAUACUUUGUCCCUUACGCCGAGUCAAAAGGUUUCUCAGGGUACGAGGCCGUGACAUUCACCACGGCCGCAGCGAUUGGGAACCUGGUCUUAAGGAUUCUUGUUGCGUCCAUGGUGGGCCGAGGCUGGCUGAAGCUACGACUGGCCUUGCUAAUUUCAAUGAUUAAUUGCGGCACGGCUCUAUUGACGCUUCCCUGGGUGCAUUCCUAUUGGUUGAUGAUUGGCAACGCCGUCAUCUUCCACGGCUCCCUUGGGGCAAAGGCAUCACUUUGUGACAUUUACACCCGGGAACUGGUGGGAGCCGAAGAACUGGUGUCCGCUUUCAGUUGGAUGGAUCUACUGGUCGCUAUUAUUCAAAUCGCUUUAGGAUUCCUCCCUGGUUGGAUAUUCGACCAGACUGGAAACUAUGACACGGCUUUCAUCAUCUUGGGACUAAUCUCUCUUUUGCCGUUGGUGUCGCUGCUCAUGGAAGAUGUAAUCAACCGACGGAAAGGUUAAUGUCACCGAUGAAUAAUCCGGUUUUGCUCAACAGGAGUACAGUCUCCCAUGAUGAACAACUGUACUUGCUUGAAACACUGCAUUUAGGGCGUACGUUGAUUGUGUUCGUUGUAUUGUUUUAAUUUUAAUCCAUGAAUGUCAGGCAAAAAACGAAAAACUUCAAGGAAGCUCUUGAGUUAGUACCAAACGUGUUAUGGCCAUAAAAGUAUCAAAGGAGAAUUUGCAAUAACAUAACACUGGAUUACGUGUACAAACGACAUCCAGCAAUAACAGUGCCAAACAGAGUUUUAAUGAAUAACGGUGAUGUCACGCACAAGAAGUUGCAGUCAGAAUCACGUCUACUCCUCGUGGAAAGCAGUGUGUAAUUUAAUACGUUAUUAGAUUGUCUGUACAUCGGUGCCUUUCCGCUAUUUCGUUUGCUUUUAAUGUUGAAGGUUGUAGUUCAGAGUAUAACCUUUCUUUACAAGUAUGGUACUCAAGGUAUUUUAUCUUGCACCUUCUGAGAAAGGGAUUAAAAUGGGAUUAUAUCGUCAUCAACACCACGACGUAGUACUCAUGUAUAGAUGUGUGCGUCGCUUCAGCGCGUAUUUCACAGAAAUGUGUUAUUUUCAUUCUCACGAAGUAGCACUCGGCACGUACUCCGUGAGUUGCCAUUUUCAGGAAUUGACUUUUUCUUUAAACACUUAAAACGAGAUUUAAUAGCAUCUUCUAGUUAAGUCACAUAUUUACGGGUGAUUCAAAUCAUUUCAGACCUUUAAAAACGUUUUAUACAUGCUAUAUUGACAAAAUACACAUGAGUGCUACUUCGUGAAAACGAAAAUCAUUCGAUUAUGCUUCAGUGUACGAUGUGCGCUCGCACGCUUGAGUGCUACUUCGUGAAACCUAAAUUGUUGUAAACCUAUUUUUCAAGAAGUAGCACGCAAGUGCAGUUGAGUACUACUUCGUGGUGUUGGUGACAAUUUUUUUUGUCGAUUUUCACAGUUGGUGAAAUAUCAAGAUAUGUAA